AAUUUAAUUUUAGUGUCUAGCCUAACCUAAUCCAAUCCAAUCUAACCAAACCUAACCUAACUACGUAAUUGAACACAGGGUUAUCAGCUGUCAUUUAAAAAAUUAAAACAUGAAUUUACAAGAACCAAAGAAGAAGAGAAGAUCGAAAUUUAAACUACAACCACCGUUUCCUAUUCCAUUAAACGAAACUCAGGAAUGGCCAGUAUAUACAGCUCAUCUCACAGAUAUGGGUUCUUGCAUAAUUGAACCUGAAGAAAUGGAUGCAGUACAUUCUAUGGGUUUUUUUGGCAAGGGCUCAUUGUCACGUAGUUAUCCUUCCUUUGGUAAAAUGAGGUAUGGAGUGCCUCCAGUUGUUCGGAACAGGCAGUGGCUUCGCAGACAAGAAUGGUUGGAUGAAGUAAAAGACUUGAAUUCUGCCUCUACUUCUGAUUACGAAGACGUUAAAACAAGUUAUCAACACGGAAGGGAAAAUACUUCAGAUAAUGAAGAAGAGAACAAUGGUGACGUCGUUGAGAUUCCACCAAAUUUCAGUGAAAGUAAGGAAAGGAAUGAAGUAGCCGCAAAGGAUGUAGAAAUCGACGAAGUCACCUUAGACUCCGCAGAUGAGGAUGAUAUAUCUGUCAUUGUUAGUAAAGAUUCUGAGAAAUGUGAUAAAAAUUUCUCAAUAACUAAUGAUGAUAAUACCAAGUGCACAGAAAAGAAGGAAGUCGAAGAACUUUGCGAUUUAGAUUAUUCCGAUUUCAAGAAUAAUUGCGUGGAUGAUGAUCAGCAUGGAAAACUAUUGGUUUUGCCAGACAGCGAUUCAGACACAGAAAACUAUCUAAAGGAUAUAAAGCCGAGAAUCGAGAACGAGGGUUUCCCUAUCCGAGAGGCUCUGCAUCUCACUUUUGAAGAGACGUUUUUCCUCUUCUUUGGAUUGGGUUGUCUACAGUUAGUUCACUUUAACGGCACUUUCAUGGACAUCAGUAACGCGUGGUUGCACUUUUGCAAGAACAAGCCAGACUUUUUACAAAAAUACGUAGUAUACCAUUAUUAUAAGAGUAAAGGAUGGGUGGUAAAGCCCGGCCUCAAAUACGGCGGUGAUUUUCUGUUAUACAAAGAGGGACCACCUUUCUAUCACGCUUCUUACAUUGUCAUAGUUGAAGUAGUAGAUGCAGACUCGUUGGUUAUAGAUACUACCAUGUCCACGCGAUCCAUGAUGUGGAACGAUUUAUUUAGUCUGGAAAGGCUUUCCGAAACUGCCGCUAAAGAAAUACUCUUUGCGCAAGUUUUAUGGCCAUCAUCGGUGUCUCGGAAUGUUAGCAAAACUAGUCCCGAAAUACUUUCCGAAUUUACAGUGAGAGAGUUACUUUGGCGCCGAUGGAAUCCUAAACAGCACCGAGAAGACGUGCCCAUUGAAGAAGAGGACGAGGACGAUUCAUUUUGAAGGAUUUCGUAAUUAUUUAUAUACAAGUCAUUCUAAAAAUCUUUUUACAACCAUCUUGCUCCGUUAUUUCCUAUAUAUAUUUUUACUACAUUACAUUUGUACAUAUCUAUAACUUU